AUGUGGGGCCUUAUUGCUCAGGGAGUCAGGUGCUCAGACUGUGGAUUGAAUGUACAUAAACAGUGUUCCAAAUAUGUGCCCAAUGACUGCCAGCCAGAUCUGAAGCGCAUUAAGAAGGUAUACAGCUGUGACCUUACCACUCUGGUGAAAGCACACAAUACCCCAAGGCCCAUGGUGGUGGACAUGUGUAUCCAGGAGAUUGAGCAGAGAGGCUUGACGUCAGAAGGCCUGUACAGAGUUUCAGGUUUUACAGAGCACAUUGAAGAUGUAAAAAUGUCGUUUGAUCGAGAUGGUGACAAGGCGGACAUUUCCAUUACUACCUAUCCAGAUAUUAAUAUCAUUGCGGGCGCUCUAAAGCUCUAUUUCAGGGACUUGCCUAUUCCAGUAAUCACUUACGAUACUUAUUCUAAAUUUAUUGAAGCAGCAAAAAUAUGCAAUCCAGAUGAGAGAUUAGAAGCUAUACAUGAAGCCUUGAUGGUCCUCCCACCUGCACAUUAUGAGACGCUGAGAUACCUAAUGAUCCAUCUCAAAAAGGUUACACAGAAUGAGAAGGACAAUCUUAUGGGGGCAGAAAAUCUUGGCAUUGUCUUCGGACCAACAUUAAUGAGACCUCCAGAGGAAAAUGCCCUCACUUCCUUAAAUGACAUGCGACAUCAGAAGCAAAUUGUGCAGCUCUUAAUACAAAAUGAAGAUGUUUUAUUCUGA